CUUCCUCUCCCCCUGGCGCUCCGGCCCAGCUGCGCGGCCCGACGGGGGAUUAGCUGCGCCGCGGAGUGCGUGCGGGGCUCGGAACAUGGAGGGCUACUGGCUCUUUCUCGUGCUGCUGGUCUCGGCGCUGCUGCUCGGCUUCCUCGCCGUGCUCUUCGCCCUCGUCUGGGUCUUUCAUUACCGGGAGGGGCUCAGCUGGGACGGGGGCUCGGCGGAGUUCAACUGGCACCCGGUCCUCAUCAUCACCGGCUUCAUCUUCAUCCAGGGGAUUGCCAUUAUUGUGUACAGAUUGCCCUGGACCUGGAAAUGCAGCAAACUCCUGAUUAAAUUCAUCCAUGCUGGGUUAAAUACCAUAGCAAUGAUUCUUGCAAUUGUUUCUCUGGUAGCUGUUUUUGAUUUCCACAAUGCCAAGAACAUUCCCAACAUGUACAGUCUGCACAGCUGGAUUGGACUGACUGCUGUUAUAUUUUAUACUCUGCAGCUUGUCUUAGGUUUUGCUGUCUUUCUGCUGCCCUUUGCUCCAGUUUCUCUUCGAGCAUCUCUCAUGCCAAUACAUAUUUAUUCUGGCCUCCUCAUCUUUGCAACAGUGAUUGCAACAGCUCUCAUGGGAUUCACAGAGAAACUUAUUUUUGCUCUGAAAACUCCUGCAUAUAGCACAUCUCCGCCAGAGGCGAUUUUUGUCAACACUCUCGGUCUUCUGAUUGUAACCUUUGGUGCUCUUAUUUUGUGGAUGGCAACAAGACCCCACUGGAAGCGCCCACCAGAACAGAAUUCUAAAAUUCAGCAACCAAAUGGAGGGACACCUGAAGGUACAGAAGAGGAAUCCACUAUGACAGACUGCAGCAAUACAGAUAAAUCUGAUGUGGAGUUCAAUAGUGAAGCAGCAGCCAGAAAACGAAACCUCAAACUCGAUGAGGUAGGCCAACGGUCUACCAUGUAAAGGGAGUACACAAAAUUGAUGUAGUCUUACAUUAUAAAAAAAGCUAUUCCUAUCCAGCUAUUGAUUACAUUUGGCAUUUAAACAGGGAAUUUCUAUCAGGCUUGCUUAAUGCAGUUCAAUUUUUCUGCACAACUAGUAUGAGCUGAAAAGGUCUCUAAAAUUCAACAAGACCCACAUUUGUCAUGACAUUCCUUAUUGUACCUCUGUUUAAAAGAACUGAGGACUGGAAUGAAAAAACAUGUUGAGAUUUGUGCCUUUUAAAAAAAAAUGUAUGUUUGGAAUAAGGACGGAGUUUAAAAAAGCAUCUAAUGGGAAAAUAAUUUCUACAUCACAUCUUAAUGUAUCGGUUGUUUCUAUGCAGUUUACUAGUUUCUUUAGCCAGUUAUUAUGACUGGGACGAAAUGCUGCCCUGAGUUAUGCUGUGAAUGGGCACGAAUGAGAGUUGUAUAUGCACAGCAGAGUGCAGAAUUUAUCCAUUAGCACAUGCCUAUGCUGUUUUAUAAUAUUGUUCCACUUUCUUAGGGGCCUGAUUCUCAAGCUUAUGAGCAUUCUCAAUUCCCACUGAAGUCCAUGAGAACUGAGGUCACUCAGAAUUUUCAGAAUCACACUAUAAACAUUUUGGGCCAAAAAUUUUGAAAUUAGGAAAGAAAUUAAACAGAAUUUUUGUUGAAAUUUUCACUAAAAUGUCAUGGUGUUUUUGACCAGCUUUUUCCAUUUUUUUUUUUUAAUGAGAGUUCAUCCACAUUUUGAAUUGGUUUUAAACCAGCUCUAGUACAUGUAUAGAUUUAUAGCCAGUAUUCACCCUUGGAUACACGUGAUUGCUACUGAAAUCCAUGGGAGCUACAAGUAAACAUCUAACGACAGCAUUUGACCUGUCUUGAAACGUAUGCAGUUUUUGCAUUCACAUCAUUAAUAGAAUUACAAAAACUAUGUAUUGGGUCAUCGAAUCCUUUCCCUUUGCCUCUGGAACAGUAUUGUCCUUUAUGGUUGUAUCUUAUAAGCUAAUAUUUUGAAGUCCUUUUUUUCCCCCGUUUUAAUCUGGAAGAGUAAAAUGAGGAAAGCAGUAUCUAAUGGUUUAAGCACGAGUAGAAAUCAGGACAUAUGGUCUAUGUCUACACUUCAGUUAGAAACCAGUGGUUAGUCUGUGCCAGCUGACUUGGGACUAUGGGGUUUGGGGUAAGCGGCUGUUUAAUUG